AUGGUGCACGGUAGGGACACCGUGUCCGAUCUCAUUGAAUUGGGGAUGGUUGAUUUUGAUGUAAUUAUGGAAAUGGAUUGGCAUUAUUCAUAUUUUGCUAAGCUCGACUGCCAAACUAGAACUGUGAGGUUUGAAUUUCCUAAUGAACCGGUUAUUGAAUGGAAGAGGGAUAAUGUGAUGCCAAAAGGGUUGAUAGGGCCAGGCCUUGUACAUCAGGCUAUGGAAAAAUUUAAGAUCAUAAAGGAGCAGUUGAAAACUAUUCAGAGUCAUCAGAAAUCCUAUUCGGAUGUUCAUCGCAGAGAAUUAGAGUUCAAAGAAGAUGAUUGGGUAUUCUUGAAGGUUUACCCCAUGAAUGGUAUUAUGCAGUUUGGUAAAAAGGGGAUAUUGAGUCCGAGGUGGAUAGGCCUAGUUACAAACGAAACUCUGGCAAUGUUUUUGAGAAUUUAG